AUGGCAGGAUUUCCUAAUAAUAAGGAAGCUAUACCAAAAGAAUUAAGAUACAUGCAAAUGGUACAAGAAUCAUGUGUUCUUAAAGUUGGUUUCAGUGGUGUAGGAGGGUUCGUAUUGGGUGGAGUAUUUGGGAUGUUUAUGUCAUCAUUUGAAAUGGCUUCGGUAGAUCCAGCAAUCUAUGAACAACCAAUGAAACAGCAAUUAAAAGCGACCGCAAAGGAUAUGGCAAAACGAUCUUUUUCCAUGGCGAAAAACUUUGCCAUAGUUGGUUCAAUAUUUUCCGGUACCGAAUGUGUGAUCGAAACUUACCGAGCAAAGAAUGAUUUAUAUAAUGGUGUUGCAUCUGGCUGUAUAACUGGCGCCGUAUUGGCUGCUAAAUCUGGUCCACAAGCUACUUUGAUUGGAUGUGCAGGAUUUGCAGCCUUUUCAACGGCCAUCGAAUAUUAUAUGAGGAGAGAAUAA